AUGUCCGCACAAUUAGAAGACAACAACCAGGCCAUCGAGGUCUCCCAGGACAAUAACUUUCCUGAAGAUCCCGCAGAUACUGAUGCAGCAUGGGAAGAAGAAGAAGUCGCCGCCGCUACCGCCGCCGCCCUCGCACCUGAGCCACAAGCUGAAAAUGGCCAGGUCAACGAGGAGGCAGAGAAUGACGGCUUCCCUGCUGACUUCUUUGAGGAGUUGGAUGAAGCAUUUGAAGAGGAGCAGAGAAUUGUCACCGCCUCUGCCGCUGCCGCCGCCGCUUCCGUCAAGGAAGUGCAAAAAGCGAACGCAAGGCUUGCUGUGAACUUGGGCAUGCGUGUUAGCAAGUAUGGAUUCGUACGACCCAAGUAUACCAUCGCAGAAAUGAAAGCAAGGCAACUAGCCAGGCAACGGAAAAGGGAACAAGCAGAAAGGGAGGAAAUGGAGGAAAGGGAGAGAAGAACCGAUUUUCUUAGAGCCAGGGGGAAAUCGAAGGAUGAAGCUAUCUGCUUGGACUAA